AUGGAGGCUGCGCCGGCGAAGCCGCAGGGCCGGCUGCUGGUGUCCACCCAGCUGGACGCCAAGGACGAGCUGGAGGAGAGAUUGGAGCGUUGUGUUGGAAUCGUCCAGGCGCUGACCAAUGGGCUGUCAGAGAGAGAAGCCAACGACGCGCUGACCGCCAAUGUGUGUAAAGGCCAGCAGCAGCAUGAGGAGGUGUGUCUGGGUCUGUUCACUCUGGUCCUCACAGAACCAACACAGGCCCAGAGGUGUUACAGAGACCUGACGCUCGUCAACAGAGACGGGAUGAACGUGAUUCUGGUGAAGAUCAACCAGAUCCUCAUGGAGAAGUUCCUCAAACUGCAGGAUGUGCCCAGAACACAGCUGGUGUGGUUGGUUAGAGAGCUGGUGAAGAGCGGCAUGAUGGGAGCUGACGGCGUCGUCAUGACGCUGCUGAAACAGAUCGCAGGUGGAGAUAUUUCCACAAAGAACUUGUGGUUGGCUGAGAGCGUCCUCGACAUCCUGCUGGACCAGAAGGAUUGGGUUUUGAAGAGCGCGAUGUUGAUAGCGAUGUCGGUCUACACCUUCCUCCGACUCAUCGUCGACCACGGAGCGCCGAACCUGCUGACUCUGCGACAGAAGGAGGUCGACUUCUGCAUCAGCAUGCUAAGGGAGAAGUUCAUGGAGUGUCUGCUCAUCGGCAGAGAUCUGGUUCGUCUGCUGCAGAACGUCGCUCGGAUCCCAGAGAUGGAACUGGUGUGGAAAGACCUGCUACACAACCCACAAGUCCUCAGUCCACAGUUCACAGGUGUUCUCCAGCUGCUGACGGCUCGGACCUCCAGGAAGUUUCUGGCCUGUCGACUCACACCGGACAUGGAGACCAAGCUGCUGUUCAUGACCUCCAGGGUCCGGUUCGGGCAGCAGAAGCGGUACCAGGACUGGUUCCAGAGACAGUACCUGUCCACAGCAGAGAGCCAAUCACUGCGCUGUGACCUCAUUCGCUACAUCUGUGGUGUGGUCCAUCCAUCCAAUGAGGUGCUGAGCUCUGACAUCCUGCCACGCUGGGCCAUCAUUGGCUGGCUGCUCACCACCUGCACGUCGAAUGUCGCUGCCUCCAACGCCAAGCUGGCUCUUUUCUAUGAUUGGCUGUUCUUCAACCCUGAGAAAGACAGCAUCAUGAACAUAGAACCAGCCAUCCUGGUGAUGCAUCACUCCAUGAAACCUCAUCCAGCCAUCACCGCCACACUGCUGGACUUCAUGUGCCGGAUCAUCCCUCACUUCUUUCCUCCGUUGGAGUCUCAGGUCCGUCAGGGCGUCUUUAACUCGCUCACCUUCAUCAUGGAGAAGAGAGUGCUGGCUCACCUCGCUCCGCUGUUCGAUAAUCCAAAGUUGGACCGAGAGCUCCGAUCGAUGCUCAGAGAGAGAUUCCCCGAGUUCUGCAGCUCGCCCUCCCCUCCGACUGAAGUUAAAAUGGAGGAGGCCGUUUCCUUGGAGAUGGAUAACCACAUGUUAGACAAGGAAGAGGGUUGCUAUGACAACACAGAGGCUGCGUUCAGUGAUGACGAGGAGGAGGUCAACAACAAAGGAAAGAAGAGAGAGUUCAGGUUCCAUCCAAUCAAAGAGGCUGUGGUGGAAGAGCCUGCUGACAUCACACCCUGGCUCGACCAAUUAGAUGACACGAUGAAGGAGAAAGUCCAGCAGCUGCAGAAAACCAGUGACACAGAGACUCAGUGUGAGGUGAUGCAGGAAAUCGUGGAUCUGAUCCUGGAGGAGGACUUUGACUCGGAACAGAUGUCGGCUCUGGCUUCCUGUCUGGCUGAGCUGUUCAAAGAUCAUUUCAGAGGAGAUGUUCUGCCGGAGGAGAUCACUGAGGAGUCCCUGGAGGAGUCGGUGUCCAAACCCGUCUGUCUGGUGUUCAGGAAUCUGGUCACCAUGCAAGAGGACAACAGUGGAUUCUCUGUGCUGCUCGACAUGUUGGCUGAAUUCUACCAGAAACAACCCAAGAUUGGAUAUCACCUGCUCUACUACCUCAAAGCCAGUAAAGCGGCGAACGGUAAGAUGAUGCUGUAUGAGUCUUUUGCUCAGGCGACGGCUCUCGGCGAUCUGCACACGUGUCUGAUGAUGGACAUGAAGGCGUGUCAGGAGGACGACGUCCGGCUGCUGUGCUACCUCACCCCCUCCAUAUACACUGAGUUCCCUGAUGAGACGUUGCGGAGCGGUGAGCUGCUCAACAUGAUUGUAGCCGUCAUCGACUCCACACAGUUACAGGAGCUGAUGUGUCAUGUGAUGAUGGGGAACCUGGUGAUGUUCAGGAAAGACUCUGUGCUCAACAUCCUCAUUCAGUCUCUGGACUGGGAGACCUUUGAGCAGUACAGCACCUGGCAGCUGUUUCUGGCUCACAGCAUCCCACUGGAAACCAUCAUCCCCAUCCUGCAGCACCUCAAAUAUAAAGAACAUCCCGAGGCGUUAUCCUGUCUGCUGCUGCAGCUCCGCAGAGAGAAGCCCAGUGAGGAGAUGGUGAAGAUGGUGCUGAGUCGUCCCUGCCAUCAUGAGGAUCAGUUCACCACGAGCAUCCUGAGACACUGGGCGUCCAAAUACGACGACACACUGGGAGAACACAUCAAAGCCCAGCUGAUCAAGAACAACAACCAACCACGCAAGAGACAGAGUCUUCGUAGCUCCAGCAGUAAACUGGCUCAGCUGACCCUGGAACAGAUCUUAGAGCACAUGGACAACUUGAGACUGAGUCUGAGCAACACCAAGAAUAACUUCUUCACACAGACUCCGAUCCUUCAGGCUCUGCAGCACGUUCAGGCCAGCUGUGAUGAAGCACACAAAAUGAGGUUCAGUGACCUGUUUGCUCUGGCGGAGGAGUACGAGGACUCUCAGGCGAAGCCUCCGAAGUCUCGCCGUAAAGCUCCGGCUUCCUCGCCGCGCUCACGGAAAGGAGCAGCUCCGCCCACCAACAACGAGGAGGAGAGCGCCUCCAGCAGCGCCUCGGAGGAGGAGGACUCGAAGCCCAAAGCUCCGAAGAGGAAGAGGAAAGGCUCGUCAGCCGUUGGCUCUGACAGCGACUGAUGGACCUUGUGACCAAUCACGCACCAGCUGCCGCUGCAGAGACUCUCAGCCAAUCAGCCGUUCUGACCACUGGAAGAGGCCCCGCCCCCUCCCGAUGACACGCACUGACCGCCACGGGAGGGGCGGGGCUCUGAGACUUUAGAUCCAUGUGACUGAUGCUGUUUCCAUGGAGACAAGAACUGAGGGUCAAAGGUCACCGCGUGGCUCCCAUGUGGCUGUUCUCCCAUGAUGCACUGGGAGGAGGAAACCAUGAACUCUGGGAGCGUAGACGUAUUUUAACAGACGACGACGACGACGUGUGAAUAAUGAAGAGAUGUUUGUACUUUGUUUUUGUUUUUUUGGACUCUUAUUGUGGAGGAUCCUGACUUUCUGCUGUUUUUUAGUAGCUCCUUCCUGUUUGUCCCGCUGCAGUAAAAGUCUUGUUUCAGGUUGUCGUCUGGGUGUUCAUUUGGUGAGAAACAGGAAAUGAUGUCACUCUUCUGUCACGUGUUUUUAAUGACAUCACUUUUGUAAAACUUGGCGCUGACUUUAAUAAAUAAUUAGAUUUUAA